ACGUCAUCCACCCAACCAGAAUUAACUGGGAACGGAAUGGCCUCUUGGUCUCAUUUUUUUGUUUUCUUUUACCACUGUACUUCCCGGACCCGGUCCAAGGUAAUUUACCUCGACGUUCUGUAUCCAACAAUCAAUACGCUUUCCACGAAUCUGUAGUUUUUCGUCUGUCGCAACGUCAAGCGGUUGCAUUUUUGCAUUUUUUUUUUUCGCAUUUCUGCUUGCUCAGGCCUGUCCUGUCAUCACCUAGCAACCAAAGCGCUGUCUUACAAGAGGCUAGUGGUUUAAUACGUUGCAUCUGGGUCUCUGUGCGAGCAUUUCAAUCCCAAGCAGGUUCGGUUCCUUCGUCGCGUCAAUCGAAGCUCCGCAUUUAUCCACACAAAACAAAAUCAUGUCAUACAACAACCAACAACAAUACGGCGGCAACCCGUACGGCCAAGCUCCCGCAACUGAGGCGGGCUACGGCUACGGAAAUGGCGGAAAUGAACAUGAGAUGCAGCAGUAUGGCCAGCCGCAACAACAACAACAAUAUGGCCAAGGUCAGAACGGCUACGGCUACGGCCACGGCCAACAACAGCAAGAACCCGCCGGACCGCCCGUCAUGUCUCAGCAGGACUUCCUCGGCCAGGUGACGUUUACGCGGGGCGAGAUCAACAGGCUGACGUCGGACGUGCAAACGAUUGCGACGCUGCACUCGCGCUCCCUCCAAGGCGGCGAUGCGGGCGCGCAGCAGCAGCUGGAGCAACAGAUCGCCGAGACGUCGCGCCGCACCACGUCGAUCCGCACUACCAUCAAGCAGCUCAAGAAGGACGUCGAGCACACGCAGGACGGCAGCCGCUCCAUCAAGGAGAGGCAGUGGAACACCCUCAACGACACGUUCAAGCAGGAGCUGAGGAACUACAUCCAGGAGGAGCAGAGGUACAAGGAGGGUUACCGCGAGCAGAUUGCCAGGCAGUACCGUAUCGUCAACCCGGAUGCGUCGGAAGAUGAGGUCCGUCGGGCGGCCGACCAGAACUGGGGCGAUGAGGGAGUUUUCCAACAGGCUCUGAGGCAAAACCGGGUCGCCCAAGGCCAGGCCGUUCUCGGUGCCGUUCGUGCUCGCCACAACGAGAUGCGUCAAAUCGAGGAUUCGAUCGUGGAACUGGCAAAGAUGUUCGAGGACCUCGAUACCCUGGUCAUCCAGCAGGAGCCCAUUGUGCAGCGGGUCGAGCAGCAGGCCGAGGACACGACGCAGAAUCUCAACCACGCCAACACGGAGGUCAAGAAGGCCGCCGAUCACGCCAAGAACCGCCGCAAGCUCAAGUGGUGGUGCCUCGGCAUCACCACCGUCAUCAUUAUCGCCAUUAUCGUUGCCAUAGUCGCCGCCGGUUUUACACAGUGCUGGUGGCCGUCUGAGCAGUGCAAGAAAAGGAAUGGCAACACCCAGUAGGUGGCUGGUAGACGGAGUAGCCCGGAGAAGCGACCGAUUUGAUAAUUUCUAUAUUGAGACGAAUGGGGUUUGUCAGAGCAUCACCAAGGUAUUAUUUUUGCUGCUUUGGGGAUGAGAUUUUACAAGUAUGAUACCAAGUUUAGCGAGAGGGAUGCGAGAAUGAUGCUUUCUUGAUAACCGAAUGGUUCUUGGCUGUAUAUUCCGCUUGGGCUGCCAAGUUACAGAUGGCACAGGGACUGUAAUAGGAUAACGUACAUAUAAUUCAAUGAUCUAUUUUCUCUUCCG